AUCAACUACGCGAGGAAGAUGCGGACGUGUUAUGAUACGUCAUCAAAUAUGUCAGCCUUCUGGUGACCGCAGCUGAAUUUGAUCAUUGGUCGAGGGAAUUAAAAUGGUUUAUUCAGAAGAGUGCGACUUUAUAUUUCGAUUGAAAGGAAUCUUGGAGUUUGCUUGCCAGCUUGACAAUUCAAAUGGCGCACAAAGUCAAAGCACCAUAUCAAAAAGUUUCCAGGAUCUCCGAUCCAAAGUAUCAUCAAAAAAUAUUGUUUUCACUGUAUGUAACAGUCCAGUAUUAAUAUGGCCUAACGCUGGUUUCCAGUCAAGUGUGGAAAGCUUGACCGAAGCAUCAGCAUGUGGAGACAUUUUGCAGUGUAUAGAGUCAGAUGAUGGUGGGAGAAAGAAGUCAUCAAAAAAGAAAGAUAAGAAGAAAUCUGGACCUACUGUAGUGAAUAUGAAGCUGUUGUUUGAGGUCACAGAACCUGCUGGGGAUGAAGCUCCUAGUCUCAUCCGAGUGAGCACACAGCAGCAUUGUGUGAAGAUGCCACUGCCUUUAGACUGUACUCUGUCUGUGACCACUGAUGAGAGCCUGGCAACUGUGUGUACAGGGCUGGUGGAGGCAUUAAAUAAGCAGUUAGCAGACAUGGAAGAGGUGGUGCUACGUUACAGGAAGGGCUCAUCUUUCCUGGUGCCACAGCCAUUUCACUUUCAACUGCCUAAACCAGCUGGACUCAUUACUGUAAUCUACCCUGCAGGAGUGCCAGAUAGCCAGCUACAGGCCGUCAGAGAGGAUCUGCACAGGAAGUUUAAAUUACCAUGUGACAGGCCAUACCUGAGACGUGCCAAUGCCUUUCAUUUCCCUGAUGCAGCUUAUAAAGACGGAUACCUCCGCAAUCCCCACAUACACCUGAACCCACCCAACAUUGAGGAUGCUAAGCUGUAUCUGGUGCAGGGUGUGUACAGUUAUCAUCACUACAUGCAGGAUCACGUGGAUGAUAAUGGCUGGGGAUGUGCAUAUCGUUCCCUUCAGACUAUUUUCUCUUGGUUUCAGCAGCAAGGAUAUGUGGAGACGGCUGUGCCCACACACACACAGAUCCAGCAGGCUCUUGUGGAUGUUGGGGAUAAAGAGCCACGUUUUGUGAGUUCACGUCAGUGGAUUGGCUCCAUCGAAGUUCAAGCUGUCCUUAACCAGCUGCUGGGGGUCACCUCAAAGAUCAUGUUUGUCAGUCAGGGAUCUGAGCUGGCCACCAAGGGCAGAGAGCUGGCCAACCACUUUCAGACUGAAGGAACUCCUGUCAUGAUCGGUGGGGGAAUACUUGCACACACUAUUCUAGGCGUAGUGUGGAGUGAGAACACUGGACAAAUACGCUUUCUUAUCUUGGACCCUCACUAUACUGGUGGAGAAGACCUGCAGACCAUCACUGAUAAGGGCUGGUGUGGAUGGAAGGGGCCAGAGUUCUGGGAUCAAAAUGCCUAUUACAACCUCUGCCUUCCCCAGAGACCCAAGACCAUUUGAGUCAUGUGCAUGACACUUAUUCG